AUGGCUAUUUUACCUGAAGAUUGUUCUUGUGAAGUUAAAGAGUUUGGUAAUGCAGAAAAUAAUAAACUUCACGCAAAACACAUAAAUAAUUGCUUGUGGCGAGAAGAAAGUGAAAUAAAAGCUUUCAAAGAUAAAAUGAUAGAAGCGAUUUUAAGUAAAGGAGGGGCUAAGUUUAAAGAAUACAAAAACUCAAUCAUCCAACAAAUCAUCACUCAAGCCCAAGGACAAGGCAUUAGUGAAGCCGAAUUAAAUAAUAACCGCCCCAACUGGCAAAAUACUUUGCUUUCUCUAAAUAGCCCCAAAGAAAUUACCGACUAUCGAACUAACUAUCUCGAAAAAGACAUCAAAAAUCUAGUCUCUGCCAAAUCCAAAUCCGCCCAAGAAC